UGUUGUGCCAUUUUUAAUUUAACAGAGACAAUAAACGUGCCAAUGGUAACGUCCUUUUAAAAGUCAUGCGCUUUUCAUCUAAACGAAAUUUGUUAUAAUUGUCAGUUAACAUGUUUAUAAGUACCUUAUAUGUCCUCAAGUCAUGUGCCUCUGAUGAAUGAACGAAGCGAAAUUAAUUUAUUAUUGUUCUUAGUAGAAAGUAAACAUUGAAUUAACGUUAAGUGAUCGCACGUACAAAAUCAAGUCACAUAAAUCCUCUAUAUAUUAUUAUAGUGAAUAAUAUUUUUCGAAAUUCAUCACCAUUUCUGAUAUAAAAAUUUUCAUUUUCAAAAAGAAAUGAAUUUUCCAUUCGAGUUUAUCACAAAUUCCAUUUAAUGUGAUUCAGUGGAUUAGAACCUGAAAAAUAGAAAUAAAAGUUUUUCGUCAAGUGACUACUAAAACGGCAUCGCUUCAAGGAACGGUUGUUAUUUCUUCACUGUGGGAUUUUCAGUUUUUUCUUUUUUUUAAACGCUUCACGAAAAAAAGAGACGAGAAAAUGUUUAAAAAGUGGAGAAGAUAAAGGCGACGAGACUUAAAAAAAAAAAAAAAAAUUGAAAUUUUUUAUAUCAAAUUCUUUUUGCAAAAUAUUAGAAUGAAGGGAGUCGAUAUUGUAGGUGAUGAGAAAAUGGGAAAAAUCAGUGGAGCAUAUAUAAAUCAUGCACUAAGUGGUUCUGGUGGAAGUUUAAAUCUCAUUCAAGCAAAUGGAUCCUCUCAAAAACUUCAAAAUUCACACAAAGUUCAUCCUGAAAUACAGGGAUCAUCCGACUUCAUCUUGGUGGAAGAGCCCGGUGAUGACGAGAGCAAUCAAAAGAAUAGUAUUUGCAAAUCGGCAGCAGAAUAUGCAAAAAGACGUGCACGUGGGAUUUGCACAAAAAAAACUCUUUAUAAAAGAUUACCAAUUUUACGAUGGUUACCGAGGUACAAUGGACAAGAUGCACUUGGUGAUCUCGUGGCAGGAAUUACAGUUGGUUUAACUGUGAUUCCCCAAUCUUUAGCUUAUUCAAAUGUCGCAGGAUUACCACCACAGUAUGGACUAUACGGCAGUUUUCUUGGCUGCUUUAUUUAUAUUAUAUUCGGAUCUUGUAAGGAUGUUCCUGUUGGUCCCACUGCCAUUGCUUCAUUAUUGACUUAUCAAACAGUGGCUCAUUUAGACGAUAAAGUUUCUCACGCCAUACUUUUAUGUUUUAUAGCAGGCGUCUUUGAAUUAUUAAUGGGAAUCUUCGGUCUAGGUUUCAUUAUAAAUUUUGUUUCUGGUCCCGUUAGUUCGGGAUUUACAUCGGCAGUAGCUUUAAUUAUUGUUUCAUCACAAAUAAAAGAUAUUUUAGGAAUAAAUGCGCAAGGUACCACAUUUGUUGAUAUGUGGACAAGUAUCGUAAAUAAAGUAUCGCAUAUUUCUUAUCCAGAUGCUUCACUUGGUGUCUCGUGUAUCGUUUUUUUACUUAUUCUUAGGAUGACAACGUCAUUAAGCAUAGGUCCCAAGGAAGAAGAGCUUCGAACAAAAAAGCAAAAUGUUAUCAACAAAAUUAUUUGGCUCACAGGCACAUCAAGAAAUGCCCUAUUGGUCAUUAUGUGCGGUGUCUUAGGCUAUUAUUUUUCUGAAAAAAGACCAUUUCAAUUAAUUGGUUACAUUCCAAAUGGCAUGCCAUCGAUACAAUCACCACCCUUUAGUAUAACUAAAGAUAAUACGACAAUUUCCUUCAUUGAGAUGUGUAAAAAUUUAGGAAGUGGAAUUCUUGUAGUGCCCCUUAUUUCUCUAAUGGAGAAUGUGGCUAUCUGCAAAGCCUUUGCCAAUGGAAAAUCUGUGGAUGCUACUCAGGAAUUAAUAGCAAUUGGAGUGGCUAAUAUAGGAAAUUCUUUUGUUCAAUCCUUUCCGGGAACCGGUUCGUUGAGCAGAAGUGCAGUUAAUAAUGCUUCCGGUGUUAGAACACCUCUUGGCGGACUUUAUACUGGUAUUCUGGUUAUCCUGGCUCUUUUAUUCCUCACACCUUAUUUCUUCUAUAUUCCAAAAGCGUCCUUGGCUGCGAUUAUUAUCGCUGCUGUCAUUUUUAUGGUUGAGGUCAAGGUUGUGAGGCCCAUGUGGAGGACAAAAAAAUCCGAUUUAAUACCAGGUAUUGGUACUUUUAUCGCCUGUCUUGUUCUGCAACUGGAAAUUGGCAUUCUUUUUGGAAUAGGAUUGAACGUUCUUUUUAUUCUUUAUCAUGCAGCAAGGCCAAAGAUAUCUGUGGAAAAACUCACGAGUCGUCAUGGAAUUGAAUAUCUGAUGUUAACUCCAGAUAGAUGUUUAAUUUUCCCAUCAGUUGACUAUGUAAGAAAUCUUGUGACAAAAUAUAGUUGUCGUGGUUCAAGUGUAUUGACGCCAGUUGUAAUUGAUUGUUCACAUAUUUAUGGUGCCGAUUUUACAGCCGCGACUGUUAUUGAAACAUUGACAAAAGACUUUGCUGCACGUGGACAACCAUUAUUUUUCUUUAAUUUAAAACCAUCGGUUCAUGCUGUUUUCGAAGGUGUUUCGCCCACUGAUUUUGUCGUUUAUUAUACACGCGAAGCACUUGACGAUCUUCUUAAAGAACGCGGUUAUUUCAAUCAAAUCAAGCAUGACAUUCCAUUGGUCUAAAACAAAAAACUCAUUGAUCUUUUUUUUUAUUAAUUCGUAUUUUCAAAAAAAAUUAUUCAUCGAUAGCGAUAAAAAAAAGAAGUAUUAAUUCUGUAAAUUCUAGGAUUGUUAAUUUCAAUAAUAAAUAAUGUUAAAAAGUUAAGAUUUUUGAAAGAAAAAAAAAAUAAGAAAAUUUCUCGCAAAAAAAAAUUAGUUAAUAAAUUAUAAUACACUAUUAUUAAUUAGUUAGGAGAAUUGAAUAUCAAUGUUGAAUGCUUAUAAAAAAAAAAAAUGUCUUGACUAAUUAAUAUUAAUUAGUUUUUAAAUAUUUCGUGCCACUGUGUAUAAAAAAAAGACGAGAUUUAAAUAUUCACUUAAAUUAUUUAAAUAUUAUAUAGAUAUAUAAAUCUUGUUUUUUUUAUGAGAAUAAAAUUAGGUAUUUUAAUAAAUUUUUGACGUCGCAUGAAAGUGUAAUUAUUAUACACCGGAAACAGUAUUGUCGAAUGUAUAACUGCCGAGCGAUAUAAAAAAAAAAGACAUUAUUUAUAGUAUUAUAUAAUAUGUAUAAAGAUUAUUUAUUAUAAAAAAUCUUGAGUACUUAUUGACAAUAUUUGUUAAUAUUAAUCUUCAGUUGUCAUUUAAUCAUCAUUAUGUUUUAAUUAUUAUAAUUAUAUAAAUCAUAUUAAAUAUAAUUAUAAUAUUAAACAAAAAUUUUAAGAUUGACUUCUCUAGUUUUAUUUUAACAAAUAUAAUAUAAACUGAAUAAUUAAAAUGAACUCUUAUAAAAAAUUUAAUAAUUUUAGAGUCCAAAUAUUGAAAUCCUUAAACGAUAAGAAAUAACAAAAAAAAAUGUUCCUUUUCGCUUUGAUAUGGCAGUGCGUAUGUGUAAAUAGAUUAAGUUUGUAACAAAUACUGUGAUAAUUUUGUAAAAAAAAAAAAAAAAAAAGAGAAUGAAUGAAAAUGAUAACAUGUACUAUAAAAGUAGUCAAAUGUAGUAUUAUAAUAAAUUUUAGGGCCUAGUAUACAUAAUCAGCAAAAAAAAAAAAUUGUGCACUUUCUGCCAUUUAGAGAUUACAUUUCAUGAAAAUAUAUUCUCUAAUAUUAAAAGAAAAACAAAAAAUGAAAACAAACGAGAAAUGUAAAAUAUAAUAUUUGUAGUUCCUGUUAAAGAGUUUAUAAAACAAAAAAGAAAUGCACUAUCACGUUAUAAUCGUUAUAAUAUUAAUAUAUUUAUAAAUAUUA